AUGAGCAUCGACCCUUCCACCCAAGAGGUAGCCUGUCCUGUAAUCGAUGAAACCCACAUCCCCGUCCCUCACUUCCCAUACAACAAAGUCUGGCGCCACCCCCUCUUUCCAGGACUGUUCGAAUACGUCCGCACUAUCGCGUGCGAUGGCAGUCUCGAUCAAGGCGGGGUGAAGCGCUUCCUGAACGCCCUGCAGCCGGCGGAAGAGUGCGAGGCGCACCUACAAGCCCAAGCUGCGACUCGGGUCGUUGCCACGAAAGAAGGAAAGGAGGUCAAGGUGGAGACGAACUACCUUGCCGCGAAUGGAGAUGAAGGGGAGGAUCGGAUGGUUGUUGAGGCGGUAUCGUGGGCGAAGCUGGGGGAUGUAUUGGAGAAAGCAGGGGAUGCGGGGCGAGUGGGACGAAAGACGGUUUGGGGGCGGUGGAAGUCCGUCGCUGAGGUCAAGGCGGCGGAGGAGUCCGAGGCCGACAAGGACAAGCACAAGGAGAAGCGCAGUGUCGAGACUGUAGCCGACGUAUCCGAGGAUGACAACGACAUUGGGAAGGCGGAUCUGGAUGUCAACGAGGAUCAUGGGGACCAGAAGCACGAUCCGGCUGCGAGCUCGAAGGCGCCCGCAGACAAAGAUCUCAUCCUGUGCACCGUGUUGGAUGGCCAUGGAGGCGCUUACGUCGUCGAUUGUGUCCAGAAGGGCGCGCAUGCCGCUCUGGCCGUUGGGCUCGCGACGAACCCCGCUGCCCUCGAAGGGGACGAAGCAGCGAUCACGCAGAUCAUCAAGGAUGUCUACACGACCAUCUCCCAAGACAUCGCCGCCGCCUCCCUCUCCGUCCUCACCCACACUCAAACAUCCGCGGCGUCCACCAUCCUCCCGCACCUCCCCAGCGUCGCCAGCCUCCAGCUCGCCGCGCUCGAGCGGGGCGGAGCCUGCGUCGCUACUGCGCUCAUCGACCUGCGGGGCGGCAAGGUGUACAUCGCGCAUGCGGGAGAUGUGCGCGUGCUAGGGAUCUGGACCGAUGACCAAGGAGGGGAGAGGGCGGAGGUGUUGACGGAGGAUCAUAAUGGGGUGAAUGAGGCCGAAGUGGCGAGAGUCAAAGCAGCGCAUCCUACCGACCCCAACGCGAUGGUCAAGUACAAGGACGAGCAGUAUCAUCGCGUCCUGGGGUGGAUCAUGGUCUCCCGCACCAUGGGAGAUGUGGAUUUCAACCGUACCGAGGCCGUCAAGCAGCAAAUGCUCGCUGAGGGCGUGCACAAAUUGAGCGAAAUCCCGAACCCGCUCAUCGAUCCGCCAUACUUGACAUGGGAACCUACCGUUACGGUCCGCAACCUCAAGAAAGGGGUAGAUGGUGAGAAGCUGGAGACGAUCUUGAUGGCUUCGGACGGGUUGUGGGACAAGAUGACGGAUGAGGAAGCCGCCCGAGCGCUGAUCGCCCAUGCUCAGCUCAAGGCCAGGGCCAAGGCCAAGAUAGAGAUCGAUCCUGCCGUCGAUAUCGACGUCGCUCCCGCCGGCGCCGUCGAACCCACCGGCAUCCCCGCAUCGACCCUGACCGCGCAGCACCCCUUCCCCCUCUCCGGCCCGCACACCGUGCCUCCCUCCGCUUUCGCCUGCGCCGCGGCCGAAGCAGCCCAGCACCCCGACGUGCUCAACCGGACCUGGACAUUCCGGGACCCCUCCAACGCCGCGACGCAUCUCUUGCGGAAUGCGCUGGGCGAUGGCGAUGAACUGCAGGAGAGGGAGAUGUUGAGUUUGAAAUAUGGGACGAGGUUGUUAAGGGACGAUACGAGCGUCAUGGUCAUCCAUCUUGAUCAGUGA